AUGGAAUCGCCGGACAAGUCUGACUUGUCCGCCGCAACGCCCACGAGCUGGCGCUACUGCCUGCACAUUGCGUAUUACGGGACGGGCUUUGUGGGAUGGCAACGACAGCAGCAGGAGACCAAAAGCAGCUCUGGUCACGACAGUGUGCAGGAAGUGGUGGAAGCUGCCGUAACGGAGACUUUGGGGACCUCUAAGCGCGUCAACGUCACCGGAGUCAGUCGGACGGAUGCAGGCACCCACGCACUCUAUCAAUUCGGCUUCAUCCGCCUCGAUUCGGAGCUGCCUAUGACUAUGGACGAACUGAAGGACCGUGUCAAUACCAAGUUGGACAUUGGUCGAGUGGCGGUGCUUGGUGUGACGGUACCAACGACGGGUCCGUCGCGAAUUCGAUCGCGCUACAAGAAGUACAUUUACUACCUGCAACAAGGACAUCGACCAGAUCUAGAGCUCGGCAAGUACUCGUGGUUCCUGGGAAGAAGGCUUGAUAUUCAGCGGAUUCGUGAUGCGUUGAAGUUUCUGGAGGGGACGCAUGAUUUCAGACCGUUCUCGCAGGGACUACAAAAGCCAAAGUUCGAGGAUAUGACAACAUUACGGACAGUCAUGUCGGCGAAGGUGGUUGCUCGACGCAAUGUGAACUUCUCUCUGGACCCCCCAGUUUCUGGUAGUGGCGAAAUUAUUGACGCUGCUGACAUGUAUCGCGAACCAGGCAACACGCCAGUACACUUUGUGUGCAUUGAGCUUGUUGCCAAUGGCUUCUUGCGGCACAUGGUACGGCGAAUCAUCGGAACAUUACGGCCGAUAGGCGAGGGUACACAACCUGCGUCCCGAAUGCAGCAGGUUCUCGCUGGUGAAGUCCAGCCUGGACCGUCUGCGCCGACAAAAGGUCUCUGGCUGCAUCGAACUUGGCUGACACAAGAGGACUACGUUGACGACUGUGCAGCUGAGCAGUAG